CUAGUCCCCUCCCUUGAACUGCAAAGUCAGGUUGAGGAGGAGGGCAAAGUUUGUGGGGGGGGGAAAGGGAUUGUCAAGCCCCGGGUUGCAUUGCAUUGCAUUGCAUUGCAAUGAAGCGGUCUGCAGGCAGCCUGAGCCCAGACAGGGGCAUUUUCCCUGUGAACAGCAACAUGCAGAAUGUCACAGUGCUGACAGAAUUGUCCAGGAUGGGCGAUGACCGCGACAUGGUGACCCUCCCGGAAGACCACAGGCUGCCUCCGAUCCAGCGUUCCGCCAACGAAUCGUCACCGGCGAGACAAGGCGGGGUGGCUCCAGGUUUUGCAGCUGCAGCGAUCUUCAUCAGCUUUCUCCUGGUGCUGUACGCUGUUCUGUGGAAAUGCAUGAGCUGCAAAGUGAGGAGCAGAGGCAAGGACAAUGGAAGAUCGAGGCAGAAAGAUGACCACUUGGAAGUGGAUUCCUGCUGUGACACAGGGUUCAGAGCACCUUAAUUAAGCAGCGUCUCUCUCUCUCUCUCUUGUGGACUGUGAGGUGGCAGGGGGUGACCCGGGAGCGAGCGAGAACAAAGAGUGUUUGCAUGGCCACAGACACCGCAAGUGGGAGCACAGUUACGUACCAGCUGCCUCUGCUCAGAGUACACCCUGACUGUGUUUACUGGUUCAGUCUAACGCCAGUGUCCUCCGCGAGCAGGAUGUGGCUUUCUGUGCUCAAUAAAAUGGAGGAUGGGAACGGCAAAA